CUAACCUACCAAUUUGUUUGCAUUUCAGACUAUCUCAGGAUGACCCGGGUCUCAGUACGCCAGUGGUUGUGGUCAUGGCGCAGCAUUAUCAUCCUGUGGGUGACGCCACUGUUGCUCAUGCCUCUGCCUUUGGUCGUGGGGACCAAAGAGGCCAAGUGUGCGUUCGUGAUGCUGCUGAUGGCGGUGUACUGGGUGACCGAGUCGCUGACCGUUGGCAACACCGCAAUGAUCCCCGUGGCCUUAUAUCCCCUGUUUGAGAUCAUGCCGUCAAAAGAAGUCUCCGAGUGCUACAUGAACAACGUGUCCAUGCUGUUUGUGGGCGGGAUGUGCCUGGCUAUAGCCCUGGAGUACUGGAAUCUGCACAAGAGGAUUGCUCUCAGGGUCAUGAUGUUUGUCGGCUCAGAGCCAAAAUGGUGA